CGAGGAGAAACGCAUAGGGUUUCUCAUGCUUUUGAGGGUUUUUUCACACACGGUAGCUGUUUGUCUCAAUCUUCCCCCUCCCCCCCCAUUCCGCGAAUUGGGCUAGUGCCUAUUUGCGUCUUUAAGAAACAACGUUCGGCAGACAAAACGUUCGAUCACGAUCGUAUGGGAGAGAAAAGGGGAAAACGGUAGCGGUGUUGUGUUGCUUGCACUACUACAGACACGUCAAUAUGUGGAGAAGCUUCGUCUUCUUCUGUCGUUUGGAUCAGUGACCGUUAAACUGAUGAACCCUGAAGCGGCAAGUAUGAAAAACGCUUGGCCGUCUAGGGUGCUCCAUGAAACCGCUGCUGCUGUGUAGCCAUGCCGUCUGGUUCCCUGCCGUCUAUCCCCGAGCAUGACGUGCCUUCCCGGAGCAGUAGCAGCGCACUGCAGCAGCAGCAGCAGCAGCAGCAGCAGCAGGAGGAGGCAAGACCGAGAGCCAAGGCCAACACCAACAAGUUUCUCUUUACUUACGACGCCUUUAUGGAUCCUGACAUCGUCUACCACUUCGCCGGAGAGCGGCCCGUCUCAUCUCGCGCCGGCUGGAUCAGCGGCUUCAGCCUCACCUUCGACAGGCAAGGCUUGCCGCUUGUCGAGCCGGUGCUCGCCAACAUGACGCAGGAGAGGGUUGAUGAGGAUGGCGAUGCUCCCCACACACAGCCACACGAGCGGCCGAGGGUGCACGGUGUGCUGCACGAGUUUUCCAAGAGCUCUAUGCUGCGAGUGGUGGAUUACGGCAAGCAGAUGGAGUGCUUCGCCUUUGUGCCGCUGAGGGUGAAUCUCUACGGCCCCGGUGUGGCGGUUGGCGAGACGGAGGCUGCUCUUGCGAUGGUCUGCCACCGGUCCAGCGUCAUUGGGCCAAACAGCACACUGCUGCCGAGCGCUGAGUAUGUGCUCAAGCUGGUACGAUUGGCCAAGCGGUUCCGCCUCGCGGAUGAGUCCGUCUAUCAGAUGAGGACGACGCCGGUCAACCCCGCACCCCUCUCACUGGGCGGCCGCGUUGCCAAAGCCUUGAUGAGCUUUCUCAUCCUGCUGGGGUAUUGGUGUGGGUGGCCGGCCUUCGGGUGGUCUAUUCUGGACGUGCUGUGGGCCAUGAGUGACUUGGAGGCAGCUGUGUGGAUCUGCGGCUACUUUUCCUUCAUGGGGCUGGCCGUUGGGCUCAUGGCGCUCUUCCUGAUGUACUUGGCGCCGCGCCGGCGAACCGUUGUGGUUGGGGAUGGGGGGCUGGAUUGGACAAGCGAUGGGAGAGGGGGGCUGGAGAGGGAAGGAGAGCUCUGAUUGUGUGCUGUAUGGUAUGGUGGUGGGCGGGGUGCGGGUGAAUGCAUUGACUGCAAGAUUCGUUGACUGGACAAAAUGGGACGGGACAUGAAACAUAGCGUAGCAUCAUGUCAUCGAUGGCACAUGGGGGGUCCAUGCCUACUCAAUGCGCAUCAACUAUUCACAC